AUGCCAGAUCAGGAGGUUAUGAAGGACCACGAUCAAGAUAGUAAUAUCAUUAAUGGCUCUGGAAAUGACUCCCAGCUGAUUGGUAGUGUUCCAGUUCCCAGUGGCCAUACCAGUGAUAAAGUUUGCAAAGUUGAGACAGAAUACUCUGGGAAGAAAAAAGAAACUCCGAGUCUUCAUUCCUCACCCCCUACUAGGCCAGCAGAAGACGUUGUUCAUAACAUUGAAACAUUGUGCAAGUUCAUGGUCAAUGUUGGACCUCAGUUUGAGAACUUAGCUCGUAUGAAGGAAGUCAACAACCCAUCUUUUUCUUUUCUAUUUGGUGGGGAGCCUGGGAGUGCAGCUGCCAUUGGAUAUGAUUAUUUUAAGUGGAUGAAGAGAAAGUAUCGUUUUGAAUCAGAUAAUUCCGAGCUUGGCUUUUCAAUUCAAGCAUCUGCACAACCUCAGAGCUCUGCUGGUGAAAGAAAAUCUUUGUCGCCGGCUGAAUCAGACAUGGACAUGGAUGGUAUUGUUUAAUUCCUGCAUCCUAUUGUUUUUUUAUUUUGUAGAUUUAUUUCACAGAAUUCUAUCGAUUCAUUACUAUAACAAUUCCUGUCUGUUGCUGACAUAAUUAUCAUGAAAUGUUAAAAUUCGUUAGUUUCAUCUGUGGCAUGACUAUGUGGUGUGUAGUCUAUCUUUUUAACAUAACUAUGAUCUUGAAUUGUAAUUGAUGCGUCACUGUGUGGGCCAUUUCACUAGUAGUCAUGGAUUAUUGGCUCUGCUGUUGCAUGGGAUGUACAUGGGAUUAUCGUGCACAAAAGUAUCAUUUUGAUAAAAUAUGGAGACAAUUGACGAGCAAAAUGAUUACCAAGAAUGAAAUAGCUGAUCUAUUGUUAAGUAUUGAUUCCAAGCGUUCUGGUCUUAUCAAGUUUCAUGAAAUCUUUACCAUGAUUGUUAACGUCGGUUAAGAAAACUGCACUCUUGUCAAAUAGUGCUCGCAGUAGUAUAUUAAAUCUUACACUUUACAUGCUCAAAAUAUUUUGACUUUGGCCCUGCUAAUUCUGGAGGAUGAGGACUGAUUCGAGAUAACAUUCGUGGACAUCUUUGGAACGGGAAGCUGCUCCCUUGUCUGCUUCUACUGUAAUACAUUUAUUUCGUUGGUCGUUAGGAGUGAUCAACGUUAUUAUUUUGAGGAGUUCUGUUAGUUCGGAGAGAAACAGUGUAGGAAACACAGUUUCAGUAAAUUUCUCUAUUGGUUUAUUAUGAUACAUGGCCUCCAAACCUCAAAUACGUGCUGGGUAUAAUAUUACCUCAAAAUGAACAAGGACCUUUAUGAUGGUCCAAAACUAAAUUUAGGCCUGAAACACGAGUACUGGACUCAUAGCAGGUCGAUUUGUGGUACUUGGAUGAGUUGGACAGAUGCCAUCUAAACUGAUGGUUUUUUAAGGUUUCUAAAUGGAACCCAGAGUCAGCGCAUAAUUGAAUACCCUAUUUGAGACCAAAUUCUUCUGAUUGAGGAUAUUCCGUUUAUCGUCAUCCUUUUUACAGGUGAAAAGUAGGUUUGGCUGGAACUAGUCUGGCUUCCCCCAGACUGGUCAAUUCCAGGCAUGGGUUUGAUGCCUUCCCUCUUACGACUGGAAGGGGAUGACUGGUUUUAUUUUUGGCGGGUGCGAGCUUGUCAUAUCCUUGUGUCCGAAACAUGACUAUUGGAAGAAGAACUUUUCUUUUGCCUCUGGGAUGACAGGAAGCACGUGUAAAUCUAGAAAGGAUGACCAUUAUAUUUUCUUCAACUUUUUUAUGGUACUUUCCUUUGUGAAAGAUGGACUUACUGGUUCAUGUACACCAAUUGAGGCCUCUUCACAUAAAAUCUGGAAUGUUUUUCGUAUCUUGGUUGUAUUUUGAAGGUGAGCUAACUAAUUUGAAUUCCCGAGAGCAUAGAUUUAAAGUUCCGAGCUAUAUGUCUCUGGGAGAGGAGUUCAUUCUGGAGGGUUUUUCUUGUACUCUUCUUAGGUAGUGUUUUCAGUGUCUUUAAAAAAGAAGGGAAAAAAUAUUUUUUGCGAAUGGGUUGUCUAUUUCUUAUUUAGUCAUGUGUUGGCAUGCAACUUUUAUUUGAUUUUCAUUUUUUAAGUUUCCAGAAGUCAAAGACGACCUAUGUGAUUCUAGAGAUGAAAGCAUUUUUUUCUGUUCUUAAUUCUAUCAUCAGCACUCCAGGAUAUGAUGUUGUUAUAGGUAUACACGUAUAUCUUUUUUAUUUUUUUCUGUAUUUCUUCAUUAUUUGUGGAACAUGAUUAGGAUUUUCCCAUGUGUAUUCAAUAGAUGAUGCAAGCCAAUCUGAGGUAAAACAAGGCAUUGCAGAAUUGAGCAAGGAAUCAAAUGAAGAAGCCAUGAGCCAACCUGUUACAGAAAAAUUUCGUCCGCGUUCAAACAUUACUGAGGGACGAAUGGGUGAGAUGCCUUUGCCGGACUUUCUACUAUCUUCAAAGUCCUAUUUCCAUAAUCAGGAAAGACAUGGUAAUAAUUAGAAGAACUUUCUGCCACUUGUUUUCUUCUGUCCUGCACAUUUUCUUGCUUUCUAUAGCAGUGCAAAUUUUCUUUUUGUAUACUUUUGUACGUGUACUGUUUAUAUACUUCUGACCUGCAGACACAAAUAUGUCAAUGCUUUCAUUGGGCGGGGAAAAAUAUGCCUAUGAAAAUGAUAAGUUCCAUAUUUUCAGUAGAUUUCGAUUCCGUUAAAAUUUUAUUUUUACUCAGGAUCAUGCUUACCACUUUAAGAUACAUAUUACCCUCCAUCGUACUUUCCAUGCUGAGCAUUAAUGCAUAUUUGGGUGGUCAUUUUUCUCCCUCAAGUCUACAUAUCACGUAAUAGAAGGCAAAUAACAGCUCGUUAACAAGGGAACUAGAUGUAUCUUGUGAGGACAAAAAACCUCAUGACGCUAUAACAACUACGGCUGUAGUAGAAUGCAGUCCUUUGUGAAGUCAAUAAUACCUGCCGAUUUUGACGGGUUGAUGGAUUCAAAUGGAAAAUAUCUCGAUCAUAGAAAAUGUAUCUCAAAGACCGUAUACUCUCGACCGUUGGAAAAAGAUUAGAUACAUUUCUUUCUAAAUUUCCAGUUAGGUUUCUCAUAAAGACGUGGAUACAUGUUAACCUAUGCGGGCUUUAUAAGACUUCAUAUUUUCAUGGUGAAAUGAUGCUAAGAGAUUUGAAAGAAGUCCACAAUAGACAGUUUUAUUCUUGAUUUCUUUUGAUCGGAUGACUGAGAGCUUAAGUGGUAAGAGUUGUCUUUGGACCUCUCUUUUGGUAUUUUGGUGUACGUGCUUGUUUUGGAUUUGGUGUUACUCUCUUUUUCCUUUUUGUUGCAUCACAGCAAGAUUUGUUGAUUUGAUGGUCUUUUUUUUUUUCUGGAAUCCAUCUUUUAUCGUUCAGUGAUAUUUAUCAUAACGUUCAUCAAUCUGUGUAUCGUGAUACUUAUGCAUUGCCGCGAAUCAUAAUUUUAACUAUGCUUUUGGGUCUUCUGCAUCGUACAUUCUUAUAACGGAUGACAACUUUUCAGAUGUUGAUAGAUCCUCUGCACAUCAUACUUCAUCAGUCUCAAAUCAGGCUGUGCCAGGCAUGUCAAUUCGUAGUGUGCAGCAACCUGUCAGUUCAACCAUUGAAGAUUCUCUUACGGUUAAUGUUCCCUUGUCUCAAUCUGACGGGCAAAGUUUAGAAGCAGCGACAGUAUCCAUUAAAGGUGGAAGUCCAUUUAGGCUUAUUCAGGAUUAUGCUUCUGAUGACAGUGGAGGGGAUGAUGGAAAGGAGUUAAUUGUACGUGGUACUUCUGACCUUGUUUCAGCUAGGAAUGAUCUUGGCACAUCUUUUGAGAAAGAUGAUGUCAAUUCAUGUUCGCCUUUGCUCUCAAAAAGUGCUCUUGCUGCUGAAAAAAGCAAUCAGUCACGCAUUGACACAGCUCGUGCGGAUGUUGUUGGAAGCUCACAAGCUAAUAAGGAAAGGACCGACUAUUUUGGAGGUCAGAAGAGAUUUGGACGAACAUUGGGCAAAGGAACCUUUAAAACCUCUCGUCAUAGAGAUAUUGAUGGAGACGAGAAGGGUCCUUUUAAUGCUCAGGUUGGGGAGUUUCACAGGGAAAAAUACGCUACCAAAGGCUCUUUACUAAAAGUGGACGAGUUUGGAAGGAUGGCCAAAGAAGGUGCAAGCAGCAGUGAUUCAGAGGAGAUGUCUUAUGAGAAGAAGUAUGUUAGGAGAGGCAGAAGUCGGAGCAGAAGCCAGUCACCUCAAGAAAGAAAGAGGAGAAGAAGCCGGAGUCCUUGGAGGUGGAGAGAAAGGCGAAGUCAAUCUCAAAGGUACAAUAUCGUGCAUUCAGUUAACAUUUGGGGUUCCUCACUGUUGCUGAAUGUGAUCUUGAAGUUGGAGUUUUUUUGGUUAGUUACACAUGCACAAGUUCUUAGUUUUUAGUGUAAAUCUCUUUCAGCUGGUCACCAAGAGGACACAGCAGGAGCAAGUCCCCACGAGCAGCUCCACCUAGGCACAUGGGAGAUCAUCGAAGAAGAGGCCAGGGCCGGCCUCCAGAGUGCUUCAACUUUCUCCGAGGCCGGUGCUAUCGUGGAGCAUCUUGUCGGUAUCUCCAUCAUGAUAUGGGACGUUUUAAGAAUAAAAACGAGGAUUAUCGAAAUGUUUCUCAAGAUUUCGACAGGCAUAUGCGUCGUGAGCAGAGUCAUGGUGUUAGGAAUUUAGAGAAGGAGACUGCCAUUCAGAAGGAGAGACUCCCACUGGAUGGAAAGAGGCACGUUAUGUCAGGUAAAGCUGAUUUACUUUCAAGCAGUAUAAGAGAUGAAGGUCCAAUUGGACAGAGCAGUGUGGAUUCCAUGAAGAAGGAUGGAAAACAUGUUUUCUCAAGUGAGCAACAUCAGUCAAAGAACACUGGAGAAGUGGAUCAUGAGCCGGCUUCUCAUGAGAUAUUUGACCUGUUGCCAGGAUCAGAUCACGCUGAAAAAUUGCAGGAAUCACCUGAUUCUCGCUUGAUGGAGGAUACUGACCAGAAGCCAUCAGGUGACAACCAUGAUGUGGCAGAUGACAGCUUGGAUGACCAAGGUUCGUCUGCACCUGAAGCACAAAAACUGCCCCGUGGAGAUCACCUUGAUCGUCCGUCUUUGGCUGAAAAUCAUACGACUUUGCCUCAACCUGCUAUUUCUGUGCUGCCCAAUGAGUCAGAACCUCCAAAACUUUUGCCCUCUCAGCAUCCGGUUUCAGGCCUGUCUGUGACUCAGUCUGUUCACACGCAGAGUCUGAUGCCUGCUGCUCAAUCACAGACUGUUGAAAUACCUGUGACCACAGGCUAUUCAAAGCCGGGUCCUGUACUCCUGUCAUAUCAAAAUCAAGUUCCUGGGUUUGCUCAGUCACCUAGUUUUCUGAGUGGAGACUCGCAGCUUCACCAGUCUCAGACACAUCCACCGCCAUUUCAGGUGAACCCUCCCUACUUUCCACCGUACUCCCAGAUGCUGCCGCGGCCAACCGAGGGAUAUCGUCCUCACUUUACAUUUCAUGGGCAGCAAUCUACGGCAGAGAACACCUUGCGAACAUCCAGAACAAAUAUUCUGCCUCAACCUUCCCCUGCCGAUGGAUUUCCUACUGGUCGAACUUCUGUAACUAGUAAUUAUCAUUCUGUUUCCACAGCUCCAAAGCCAACAGCUGAUGAAACUGCAAGGCAUCUUGUUGCGGAAAAAAAUUCCCGCUCGCAUAUUCAGCAAAGUGCUGUCUAUCUGGGUGUUGAGUUUCCCUCACAAAGCAAUUUGACUCUUGACAAACGCCAAGUACUCCAUCCAACUGAGGAGCGAAAUCUCAUGAAUGAGUUCACGCAAAGGCCUCGGCCUAAUGAGACUCCACAUAGUCAACCACUUGGAGGAACUGAUUUCACCAGACAGGAGCAGUCUUUUCGCCCUUCAGUGAUAGAAGGUCAUCAGUCUGUAUCCUCUCUGGAUGCGCUUCAUUCUGUCCAGGAAGGGGGAGGUGUGCAACCUCCAGAGCAUAAUAUAAAUUCUCAAGGUUAUGGUUCUCUUGCGAGAGACGAAUCCGCAGGAGGGAUGUCUUACUCUAAACAGGCACCACCAAGCUUGCAGCACCAAUCUGGCAGCAGUUUCCUUUCAAACAUGGGUGCAACUGGCAACAACAAUCCCUCAAGAUAUCCACCAAUCCUUCCAGAGAGUGAACUACGUUCUCACUUGCCUGAUGUUGGCUUGCCAAAAGUUUCAGGGCCAACCCAUUAUAACCCAUUUUCGUCUGCUUUCGAACAGACAGCAACGAGUUCAAGAUUUGUGUCCAGUGCUUUCGGACACGAGAACAGCUCGAACAUUGGCAGUAAGUACCAUUCUUCCUUCGUUCAUGGCCAUAAUCUAAUGUCUGAACAUGGGUUAUCAAAUGUAGCUUCUUCACCUCCGAGUACAGAAGGGAAAAAAAUGUCAUUCUUAGAGAGACCUGGUGAGUCAUCUUCAACUGCUCAAACAGGAGAGUUGAUACACAACAAGCCAUGGCACAAGUCAGAGGAAGAGGUUGCAGCGAAACAAUUUAGUGUGGGGCCACCUGUUAGUGAUCAAUAUGAUCCACUUUUUGACAGUAUCGAGCCGUCUUCUAGGGUUUCAAAGAUGAUUAGUUCCUCCCAAGAGCAAGACCCAGCUGUUCAUGACACAGAUAUUGGCAGCAGCAUUCAUCUGCCUGCUGACGUUGAAGAGAAUAAUAAGCAUAAAGUUGGUGCUUCUAUCGGUGUUCAGAUUGACAAUGAUGAGUUUGGUGAGACAGCACCAGAAGCAGAAGUGGGUGCUGUGGAGAAUGAGAGUCCUGGGAGCCCAGUUGAUUUACUGGAGAAGGAGAUGGGAGAGGUUGAAGUCGAUCAGGUCCGGUCUCCUGGGAAGAGCAAGAAAACCAAAGAUUCCAAGUCAAUGAAGCUUCUAAAGAUCGCGCUGGCGAACUUUGUGAAAGAAGUUCUCAAGCCAUCAUGGCGACAGGGGAACAUGAGCAAGGAGGCAUUCAAAACAAUUGUAAAAAAGACUGUAGACAAGGUUUCUGGGUCAGUAUCCAGUCAUAAGUUGCCCAAAUCACAAGCAAAGAUAAACCAUUACGUUGAGUCGUCUCAAAGAAAACUGACCAAGCUUGUGAUGGUAUCCGUUCAUUCUUCAACUCAUUUAUGUUUCUUGGCACGUGUAAACCACGAAUUUCUUAAGCCCCGACUUCACCUUUCCUUGGUUCAUAAUCUUGAGUAAUUCUUGUUCACCAUCAGUCUCUAACAUGGCUUAUGGCUUAUCCUCAUUGACUCUGGAGUUCAAACUUUUUGUUGUAGAUGUUCACAUUUAGAUUUCUAAUCUGCUUUUCUGCUGGGGAGGAAUGCUCUGUUAUUUUCGGGUUUUUUUUUUUUUUUCUCUACUGGAACUUGACCUAUACACAGGCGAUUGCAGCAAAGGAGGAUAUGUGAGAAGUGUGGCAUUGGUUGAAAAAUCAUGGCUGCAGCUCAUAGUGUUUUUAUUUAAUCAUUUUUUAUCGACUGAGCUUGUGAAGAAUUUUUUCUUGGCAUUUGUCAGAUGAAAGCCUGCCUCUUCGGGGUUGACCCUCGAGUACAUUCUUCAAAUUUACAGAUAUUUUCAACGUGUAGCUUAUCUUGAUGUGCCUCUUUGCAGGGAUACGUUGACAAGUACGUCAAGAUGUAGCGAUGGAGGGCCAGGAGCUUGCUUGUCGUGGUUCUCCCAGUCAAUAGAGCGCAGUGGAAUAAGUUAGCUUCCCGACGAGUUGAAAGCUAGUGAUCUUCACUGUAGGAGCGGCUUUGGUCGAACCCCACCAUCCUUUUAAGCUGACUGAAGAUGCCGAUCUCUGCUGCUCUGCAACGGUAGGAGUGGACGUGUUUGUAUGUAAAUCCAUUCCCGAGGGCGUUGCUUUCCUUUCUUCCAAUAUCUAUUUUUCUCUCUGCGGUGGUAAAAUUUUCCCUGUAAAGAUGCAAUUUUGCCAUUUUGCUGAAUCGUAGCUGCUUUCAUGAGUUCAUCCCUCCUAGUAGCCAUUCUUUCCGUAACAGAUAACUCUCUCUCUCUCUCUCUCUCUCUCUCUCUCUCUCUCUCUCGCUCUCGCUCUCGCUCAAUGGGGAUGGAGAUAACAUAAUACUCUUUGUGGGGUCCUUUUUUGGAUAGAGAAUCGUUGGGAUGUGAUUGCAAACUUUGGCUUGGAUGGUCGUCAGGUGAGCUGGUUUUCAUGUCCAAUCUCCUCCGUCGGAUUGAUCCUUGGCUCUAAUGGCUUUAUCUCAUCGUUCUCUUGCAGGAGACUGUGGAGUCUUGCCCCACUCUCGGACACAUGACCACUUGGAAGACGUCUAUCCAAAGCUGUGAGCUUUCCUGCCCACCAGGCCCAAGUGGAAACCCUGUUCUUUGAAUGCAUCUCUUGGUUUCACAGUAAACGAGAGGGGAGCGUGCCUGCGGGGGUGCACAUGACCGUUGACCUUCCUACAAUGUACGUUGCUCCUCGUGGGCCCCCUCGUGCUAUAUACCUUGGGAUCUUGCGAAAAAAAUGAUUUCCAUUCGAGCCCAAGGCUAUCCCUAUGAUGAUAGCAUGAACCCUGUGUGACUUGCUCCUCGUGGGCCCCUCGUAUUAUAUUUCUUUCUUGCGAAAGAAUUGAUUUCUGCUCUAGCCCGAGGCUACCUUAUGGUGAUAGCAUGA